AUGAGAGCUCUGACUCCUGGUGGCGCUGCUGCCACUCCCCGGGGGUGCAACGAACUCAACGCAGGUUGGUUGUUCGCUGAGGAAGUCCGCAACAGAUCUAUCCGUAAUUGUCGCCGCGAUGCGCGCAUCAAACUCCUGCAGAUCAUCAUAGUCAGCACCGUCAUAGUCGGCGUAGUGAUGUGCGUGAAGCGCGUUCUUCUUCUUCCUUUUCCUUUCAGUGCCAGCACCCGCACUGUGACUGCCUCGCUCGCCAAGGAUGCCCAGCAGCAGCAGCAGCCCCUCGCGAUCGCGGCACUCGUCACGCGGCUUAACGAGGCCGUCCCCGUUGCCGAGGCCUGCCACGAGCUCCACCUCUAG